UUUUCUUCUUCCUUCAACACCAUCGGCAUGAUUUGCAGUUGAGAACACUCUUCAAUGGUGGUUGAACAUGGAAAUUUCAACCUAUUGCAAACGAAUUGAAGAUGGAAAUUCCAAUUAAUACAAUUCCAACCUCCUGGAAGCAACUCUUUGAUAUGCAACCGUGGGUGAAGAUACUUAGUUUCAGAUCGUUGUAAUUAUCGGUGUCUUUUCGGAUUAAAGUGUGAUCAAACUUUGAUUCCAUUUGCUACUGAUGGAAAGAUAUAAAGUUCUAUUACCAGUAAUGGAAAGAAUAUCGACCUUAAGAAAUGACAGAACUCCCUGCAAAAUCGAAGAGGGUCUGUACUUAGGAUCUUUUGGAGCUGCUGGAAACAAGAGCGAACUAAAAAGCUUGAAUAUCGCACAUACAUUGACGGUUUCAAAUUCACUAUCCUCUCUAUAUCCAAAUGAUUUUGCGUAUAAGACCAUUAGUGUAUCAGAUAAAGGAGAUGUUGACAUAGCACAAUAUUUUGAGGAGUGUUUUGAAUUCAUUGAAGAAGGGAAGAGGAGUGGCGGUGUAUUGGUUCAUUGCUUUCUGGGAAGGUCCCGAAGUGUAACUAUAGUGUUGGCUUAUCUGAUGAAAAGGCAUGGUAUGAGCUUAGCACUAGCUUUGGAACAUGUGAGAAAGGGAAGGAAAGAAGCAUGGCCUAACUCUGGUUUUAUGGCACAGCUGAAGGACUUGGAGAAAACUCUUCGAGGGACUUCAAAUCUACAAGGCUGAAAGAAUUCAUUAACUGUAGUAAUCACUAAUCACAGGACCAGACAAUUUUCACCUGGAGAGCAUUAUAUGCGGAGGGCAUUUGAAACUACAGUGUGGAGUUGUAGAUAGUACUCAAUCUUUUAUCAUAUCCAAAAUAUAGCUUGAGAAAUGCUAUGUGUACACAGCACUUCUACACACCACUACACAUCAUAAAAAGCCCACCCCCCUCCCUUUUCUAACCCAUUUAACCCCCACCCCUAAUUUGAAUCCUGCCACGUGCGCCUCCCACCCUUUCCCAUGCGUGCGCCCCCUUUCUUCUCUUUCCCGCAUCCCACUCUCCAUUUCGCUCCCCCCUUUCUCUUCCACCUCUUCUUCUUCCCGCAUCCCACAACGCUCCUCCUCUCUACGCUACCAAAGUCCGUAGCUACUUCUACCCUCGCUCCGGCGUCUCCGAGGAACGGCUUCACCCCACUCUUCUCCCUCCAUCGACAGAACCACGGCACUCCCCCUCUCUACCCUACCGAAAUCCGUCGCUACUUCCACCCUCGUUCCGGCGUCUCCGAGCAUCUGCGAAAGUGAGGCGGUCCACUUGAGGAAAUGGUUCGCAGUUCCCUGACGGAAAUGGCUCAAAGG